AUGUCCACUACAGCCGGCGCCUUCAUCGCCGGCGGCAUAGCAGCCUGCGGCGCCGUGACCGCAACGCAUCCAUUCGAGACGGUCAAGAUUCGGAUGCAGCUGCAGGGCGAGCUACAGACCAAGGGCCAUCAGCCGCAUCACUACCGCGGACCGCUCCACGGAGUGGGUGUCAUUGUCAGAAACGAGGGCGUCCGUGGUAUCUACCGGGGUAUCGGAUGCGCGUACAUCUACCAGAUUCUGCUCAACGGCUGUCGCCUGGGCUUCUACGAUCCGAUGCGCCAAGGACUGGCCUCGCUAUUCUUGCGCGACGGCACCGCCCAGAACCUCGGCAUCAACAUGUUUUGCGGUGCCGCCUCUGGUGUCAUUGGCGCCGCGGCCGGCUCGCCUUUCUUUCUCGUCAAGACUCGACUCCAGAGCUUCUCGCCGUUUCUUCCCGUCGGUACCCAGCAUACCUACAAGAACGCGCUCGACGGAAUGUCACAAAUCUACCGCGGUGAGGGCAUUCGCGGUCUGUACAGAGGUGUCGGCGCGGCCAUGAUUCGCACGGGCUUCGGUAGCUCUGUACAGCUGCCCACAUACUUUUUCGCCAAGAGACGGUUGAUGCGCCAUGCCGGUAUGGAGGAGGGUCCUGCGCUGCAUCUGGCGAGCAGCGCCGUCAGCGGCUUCGUCGUGUGCUGCUUCAUGCACCCCCCCGACACCAUUAUGUCGCGCUUGUACAACCAAAACGGGAACCUCUACAAGGGUGUCCUUGACUGUCUGGGCAAGACGAUUCGCACCGAGGGUGUGUUUGCUAUAUACAAGGGCUUCCUGCCACACCUGGCCCGUAUCCUGCCGCACACGAUCCUGACGCUGUCGCUGGCCGAGCAGACCAACAAGCUGAUGCGCAAGGUUGAGGCCCGCAUCUUGCCCGUGCUGGAAAAGGACACGAACCGCCUAUAA